GUGAAGACGGCAUAGGGUAGGUCGCCCCUUAGUGUCAUCUGAAGUACACUCUCAACUACCAACACGGCUCCCCCACUUCUCUCGCCGUCAUGUCAGAGAAGAUGUACUACUGGGGUCAGGAGAAAGACGUUGACCCCGAACAGACUUUUAUUGAGUUCUCCGCCAAACAGGGCCCUUCAGACGGAGUCACCCCCCAAGUGAUACCACCUCAGCCAGAAGAAGAGGAAAGGGGAGGAUGGGGCAACAAACUGGACUUUCUGUUCUCCUGCAUCAGUGUGAGCGUAGGACUAGGCAAUGUGUGGAGGUUCCCCUACCUCUGCUACAAAAACGGAGGAGGAGCCUUCUUGGUGACCUACGGCAUAGCCAUGGUGUUCUGUGGAAUUCCCAUUUUCUUCCAAGAAGUGGCUGUAGGACAAUACCUAGGAGCUGGUGGCAUGACCUUGGUAGGACAACUUUGUCCUUUACUGCAGGGAGUUGGCUACGCUACAAUGACAAUAGUAUUCUUCCUAGACAUCUAUUACUGCAUCAUAAUUUCUUGGACUUUGUUCUACCUGAUCGCUUCGUUCACAUCUCUACCUGGACUUCCUUGGGAGCAUUGCGAUAAUUGGUGGAAUACCGAGACUUGUUUUGCUCCUGGUAUGAACGCAACGUUGAUCCAUAACCGUACCAACCACACAACUACGCCCGUGGAAGAGUAUUGGGACAAGCGGGUGCUACAAAUCUCCCCCGGGAUAGACCAGCUGGGGGGAAUGCAGUGGGAGUUACUAGGGAGUCUGCUGCUAGGCUGGGUCUUGAUCUAUCUCAUCAUCUGCCGAGGCCUACAUCAGAGUGGAAAGAUCAUCUGGUUCACGGCACUGUUCCCAUAUGUAGUUCUCCUAGUGCUCCUAGUGAGAGGGGUGACUUUGCCUGGUGCCGGGGAUGGGCUACUUUACUACAUAACACCUCGCUGGGAGGAACUACUCGGUCCUGGGCCUUGGAUUGACGGAGCCACUCAGAUAUUCUUCGCCUACAGCAUCGGCACUGGCGCUCUCCCGGCCCUUGGCUCUUACAACAAGUUCCAUCAUAAUUGCUACAAGGAUGCCAUUAUAACCUGCAUUGUUAACACGUUGACUUGUUUAUUGGCUGGAUGUGUCACUUUCUCCAUUCUGGGCAACAUCGCUCUGGAGCAAGGCACUCACGUAUCCGAGGUGGUAAAAAGUGGACCUGGUCUGGUGUUCCUCACAUACCCAGAAGUGGUGCUUAAGUUGCCUGGAGCCCCGGCAUGGGCUGCCAUAUUCUUCUCAAUGCUGGUGAUUUUGGGUAUAGACAGUGAGUUCUGCAUCGUAGAGUCUUUCAUCACGGGCAUGGUUGACAACUGGCCAGAAACUCUCCGGCCACAUCGGGCCAAGUUCACUAUGGCCGUAUGUGUGCUGCUGUGUCUGCUGGGCAUACCUAUGGUCACUCAGGGCGGAGCGUACAUAUUCCAGCUGAUGGAUUACUACUCUGCUUCCGGGAUGUGUCUCCUGUGGGUUUGUUUCUUCCAGACCAUCGCCAUUUCCUGGAUAUUUGGAGCCGGCAAGUUCAUAGACUGUGUUCACCAAAUGAUGGGUGUGAGGCCCAACAGGUUCUGGUACUUCUGCUGGGUGUUCUUCGCCCCAGCCACGAUGGUGUCUAUCUUCAUAUUCUACAUAGUGAUGUACGUACCUGCCAAGUACGGUCCAUACGUUUACCCGGACUGGGCAGAAUUGAUUGGUAUUGGCCUCAGUCUGUCAUCCAUGCUGUGGAUUCCAGGAUACGCCAUCUACUAUCUUAUCACAACUCCGGGAACUUUCAAGGAGAACUUAGUUCUCGGUCUCACUCCCAACUUCAAGUCCCGAGCCAGGGUUUCAGCGAGCGCCAAGUCCUCAGCGCUUCAGAUGUCUGAAUCAAGCGCUGGUUUGCUGUCUAAGAAUAGCUCCUUCUUGAACCCAUAGCAGGCAAAGACCGGAGCGAGCGGGUCGCAGCCGAAGAACAGGAAAAAAGCUCCGGCAGCGUCCCUCGCCUCCUCAGAGAGCAGUGCUCGUCUUCUGUCCAAAAACAGCUCUUUCGUCAACCAGUAAGAACCAUCAGGAACGCAGCUCAAGGUUUAUGAUUACAAACAUUCCGUUAAGUCUAUAUAGUUUUGAGUCAAACUCAAAAUGGCUGAUUAUCGCUGAAAAAAUUAUUAUUGAUUACGCUUUUAUUCCGUUAGUGAUAUAGUUUUACCGUUUCCACCUAGUGGAGCCUGAAUUGUGAAUUCAGCUUGGUUUAGAGUUUUCAUAGUUUUUAUUACAAAUAUUUUUAAAGGUUAUAGUGAUGGGUGACUCUUAAAGAGACUUCUGAUAGUUAUAGGUUUUAUAGAUCUGUGCCUACCACUCGAGGUAUUUUAGGACAAGUUAGGUAAAGUGUUAUAUUUUAUAGAUGAAUAUUCCCUUCAGAAGGAUAUGUAUCGUGUUGUCAGUGCCAAAUGGUAAUGAGUUGAAGAGAUGUUGAAUGUUAACAAAUUUCCCUUCUUAUUUUCAACUUUUGUCUGUGCAGUUAUUUCACAAACUGGUUCUCUAACUUGUCUUGAGUUUUUCAGCUAAGAUUUUAAUAUUUGAUCGGUGUUCCCCAACAUGUAUCUAUUCUCCCCUUUCAUUUGGUUUGAAAUUUUAGUUUUACUGUACCAUUUCUCAACCGAAACAAAUUAUUUAAUUAAACUUUACAGUAAUUUUAGUUUGUCUGGAUUUGAUAAGAGGAAAGACAAGAUUAUUUGUUGGACUGGGAAGUCAAGCGCCAAAAUGCUACCUGAAGCUCGCUAUUUUUUACUUGUAGUAAAUGUUGUAGAUUAUAUGUCACACAGAGUAUACAAUAAGUAACACACUUUUGUUAGUACCCUUAACAGUGUUUUCGUAUGUGUGUUCAGUUGAUUAAAUUUGAGUUUGUAAAUUUUAAAUGAUAGGUUAAAAACUAAAUGAAUAAUUUGUCUAGAUCCGUUUUAUUGAACACAGCUCAAUAAAACUUCUUGUCUUGAUAAAUCACACAGAAUUUUUUUUUUUUUAAGGGAGAGGAGGGAAAAUGCUUUUACGCACACAGGUAGCCAGCCUGUAGUGUGAGACUCCUGAAAUCAUCCGACUACUCACUAAAAAACCCCCUCUAUUCUGUUGGACACAGACCUGGAAUUGUUUGUCACAUUACUACUUCAAGUCAGGCCAACAUGUGACCUAAACCCUCAGGGCUCGCACCGUUUCUGACAUUUAGAUUCUUUAUGACCUACACCGCAUCCCGGUCAAGGUCGAGCUUCUUGGCGCGGAGAAUACCCUGAAUGUAAUGUGACACACAGGUCCAAUUGUCCUCACCCUCUGUCAUCAUCGGUAUGACCGUGUCCACCGACAGCAGACCUACUAACUGAUGAGCCUCCAGGCGGGGCCUUUCCCAAUGCUGGCAGUGGAAAAAGGUAUGUUCCACAUCAUCGGGAAUGUCUGGGCAGUAUAUGCAAUCAGGUGACACUGACGCUGGUGCUGCCUGACGCUGCAUUCAGGAUAGCCGCAUCCUAUAUACCUCCUUAUUGAGAGCGUCUGCCCACACCUCAGCACCGUACAAGAGUACGGACUGGGGCUGGACCGAGGACCUCCGACAUUGGCCAUCAACCGGCUAAGAGAGGAGACAACCCUAGCGGCCUUGUGCGCCGUACAGAAAAUCUGAUCCCGCCAGCUAAGCUUGCUGUCCACCAUAACCCCAAAGGGUAAUAUCACGAUCUCAGUUUUGCUCAAAGCAAGCGAGAGACCGUGGUCUGUCAUCCUUGCGUUUAUGGUACGCAUAACUCGGUUCAGCUUUAGCUGAGCCAGCUCAACGCUAUCAAAACUGCAACGUCGUCUGCGUACCCAACUAAAACAGUUUCCUCAGGCAUUUCAGACCUCAGGAGGCUGUCAUAAGUGACAUUCCAGAGGUCUGGGGCGGGUAUGGAACCUCGGGCAGCACCGGAAGUGACACUAAUCGUCCGUGGGCCCUCUGUAGUUUCAUACAUGAGGAGGGGGAACCGGAGAUAAUCCUCUAUGAUACGCAUGAGGUAUGCCGGAACGUGGAAUGUUAUGUAAUAGAGCGAUAGCACCACCUCGCGGAAUUAAAUCACACAGAAUUGAAACUAGCCAGGUUAAAUUUAAUGCAAUUUUCUCUAAUUACUUUUAGCCAAAAUUUAGGGGCUUAUUUGAAUUUAGUUAUUAGUUAGAAACAACACAAUAUUUUCCUGCCAAUUGAUCCAGAAGCAUUUUUUAAUAAUCCCAUUUUAAUGAUUUAUAAAAGUGUGUUACAUUUUUGCUGUGACUAUUUUGAUGAUGUAAAUAGAUGUAGAUAAAUGUGUAGAGAGUAGAAAUUGUGUACAUUAGUUGUAUAAGUGUACAUGAACCUGUUUUUGACGUUGCAAUAAUUUUAAUGUUCUCUCUUUUUCUUACCUUAUUAGAUUAUUAUUGAAACUAAAAAUCAAUAUAUUUGUUGUUUUAUGUUGCACGCCUAGAGGGGAUGUGAAAAAACCAUUCAAAUUCUUAGUUUGCAAAAAAACAAAUGAUAAAAGUAUUCACAAAUGUUAUUAAUUUGGUUAACCUUUAGAUUAACGUUUGAACACAAUUAUGUUUUUUUUUACUUAACACACGGAUUGGCAUUGAUUUUACAUUUUAAGAAUAAUUUGUUUGAUAAAUUAAAUGUUUUGUAAAGGAUUUAGUUUUAAAAAUAUGUUCAAACAUAGAAAAGUAGGUUACAGAGGAAACAUUCAAUGGUGCAUUUAAGUGGUGUCCAGCACUAGUAACUGGUGUCUAGAGCAAAGAUCAUCACAGCCCCCCUCAUGUACUACGAGACUUUUACUGUAGGAAGACCCUGAUGUGUCCUGUGCGAUAGGAAUUGCGCACAAGACUUGCCACUUAGGCUCUUCUUUGCUCGUCACAAUUAGGUACAUUUCCCGCACAACAUACUAUAGUCCUCGCCACCCUAAGUUGAGGCAGCCAAAGGCCGCAGUAGAUAUACGCCGUGCGGCCUUGGGCUGCCUCAACUUAGGGUGGCGAGGACUAUAGAGCUAAAAGCGCACAGUCCCUACUUUGUACCUUUACAAGUAAAUAAAUAAGUUUCCUCAGUACCUUACUUUUCUAGGGUUUAGCCCAUAAGUUAACUUUUAAGUUGGUUUUAACUCAAAGUUGGCACCUUUUUUAGAGAUUCUGCUUCCUUAUCGUGCCAACUUAUAUCUCAAAGUGUUUUAAGAUGUUAAAAAAUUAAUUUCCUAACAUGUUUUCUUCGCUACAAAAUAUUUUUAUCCACUUUGGUGCUAAUGUGUGUAGUCUUCCGGUCUAAUCUGUGCCACACAGAACAUAUUUUAUGAAGCCUCUAUAUCUUUACUGAUCCUGGAAUGUAGUCGGAUAAAUUUUAGGAGAUUUAUCUUUGGAUAAAACAUGGUAUAAUGUGAGAGUGUAAAUUAAAUUUAUAUGGUUUUUUUUACUGCCUCAACCAUCUGAAUAGAAUAUAUAUUUAUUUAUUUAAAUUUUGUGCACCUCAAAGAUUUACAAUAAAAUUGGAAAAAAGUAAUUAAAUUACGAUUAGAGAUUUACAAAAUAUUAAAAUUACAUAAUUUACCUUGAUUGCAAUGCAAGGAGUCAUAAAACCGUCUUUGAAAAGUGCUCUCUUCAUAUUUAUAGAGUUUAUAUAAUUAUGAACAGAUUUUAAUUCAUCCAUUAGAUUCUCAAUGAAUCUGGAUUGUUGACGUUUCACUGUGUUUUACUAAAUGGCGCAAAAUAAAACUGCACAAAUAAAAUAUUACACUAGGAUAGUAAGUUUUAAAUAUAUUUCUUAGAUAUUUGAACAGCUUGGUGUAAUUUAAUAGACCAAAGAGUUUUGUGAUAGUAUUUUAAGUUUUAUAAUUUUUGUUUUAUUUUUAUAAUAAGCAAUACUUAUUUUGUAAAUAAUUUGUGGAUGAUAGUGUACAGCCAACUUAAAAACAACUAAUUUGUUCAAUUAUUUUUAUAAUCAACAUUAUUUUGAGAUGUGUUAUGUAAAAUAUAUUUGUAUCAGACAGAAUGAGACAUUUGUGGUAACACUAUUUUGCAGAUUAGUUUAACAAUCACAAACCCAACUUUGUCUUUUUUAUGCUCACAUUUUUCUUAAUCUCUUGCUGAAAAAAAACUUGACCUUAAUGAUGAAUUAUACUGUACUUCUCUGUAACAUUCUGUACUGGGAGUUUUUUAAAUACUUUUGGUAGAUAAAUGGAUGGUUAGUGGCUAAUAAUGUUAUAAAACUACAACUAUUUACACUUUACCAUUCAAAAUAUUUUUUUUUACUGAUUCAUCCCUUAAGUCUUAUGACCUUUCUCAAGGUUAAUACAAAAGCAUUUUGUAGUUAUUAAACCUCAGAGUAUUUUUGUCACUUCAAUCGCUUCAAUGCAUGUUAUAAAUAUAAAUAUGUAUAAACAUUCUCAUUACAAAAAACAAACUUCAAUCAAGGUAAUACCACUGCCAAGGAACCUUUAAUAAAAUCUGAGAAACUUCUAUAGUCUGAAAAUGAUUUAAGAGAUAACAUAGUUUUGAAACACUUUGAUACAGUUUUUGAAUAUUGAAGCAAUUUAGAAUUUAACCAUGAAAUCAUGUAGUAUAAUUUAAUUUUAAGUUAUCGGAACUUAAUUUGUUUCUAGAAAGUUUUUCAAACAUUUUCAGAGGCUAUAUAACACGGUACUCUGCAAAAGUGAGUUGUUGAGUUUACAAUGUAUUUGAUUUUUGAUAGUUUACCAAAUAUGAAAAACUUCUUAUAAAACACAACGUGGGUAUCAGAAGUGGUAUAUAAUGAUGUGUAGAUCUAGUUUUAUGAGACACAAUAAUUAAAUUUAUCCUUACCUCAAUCAUAUUUUAUUUCAGCUGAGGUUUUAUUUUCACGGUACAGAAAAUCCACAAGGUGCUAUAAUUUUUUUUAUUGAACUUACUCGCUUAAGUUUAACACUUUUUAGUAAAUAUAGACUUUAUAUAUAUAUAUUUACGAAUUUUAAGUUCCACUAAGAGUUUUUUGAAACUGCCAAGAGAGUUCAAAUUAUGUUUUGAGAUCUGGUGAAUCAGAAAAACUGGUGUAUUAUUUACCUCAAACUUAACCAAAUCUUCAUAUUUUUUUGUAAACGUAUCCCUCAAAUUUAGGUUAAGCUACUAAAGUAUUAUUAGAUAAUAAUGUACAGGUGUUCCAAACAAUGAGACUUUAUGUAUUAUAUUUAGUGUAAAAGAUGUAUCAAAUGCAAAUC